UGUACUAUCAAAGCGUGUCUUGAGAUGAUGGCAGUUCAAAGAAUAAUAACAGUUAUAUGGAUAAUUUUGAUUGUCAGCGGAGGAAGCCGCACCCGGUAUUUGGAGGGGCUAAAUGUCAACCUCGGCGAGGCUCUUCAAUUUCUUAGAGAAUAUGACCGUGAAGGAUCUGCAAUGUGUAAUAGAGUAAUGAAUUCUCAAUGGAAUUUUGCUACCAAUAUUACUGACGCCAAUCGCCGAAAAAUGCUAGAAGAUCAAACAUUGAAGUUAAAAUUUGAUAAGGCAUCGUGGAAAAAAACCGUGACUUUCGCUUGGUCCAGAAUACCUGACCCCUUGGCAAGAAGACAAUUGAAGAUGAUUGCUGUGAAGGGAAGACAUUCGCUCACAGAUGAUAAAUUCAAUGAGAUACACCAUCUCAUAGUGGAAAUGAAGGAACUCUAUGCCAGGACAAGAUUGUGCCCUUAUAAAAUGAUGGACAAUGUUUGCGAUCUAAGUUUGGAUCAUGAUAUUAAUAGAAUAAUGGCACAAUCCAGGGACUAUGAUGAAUUAAUGCACUAUUGGCAGGCUUGGCACGAAGCUCUUGGACCACCCUUGAAAAAUAAAUAUAUGAGAUACGUGCAGUUGGCAAAUCAAGCUUCGAAACUCAAUGGGUUUGCUGAUGCUGGAGAUCAAAUGAGAGAGGAUUUUGAAGACGAAUAUUUUCAUCAGAAUAUUGCAGAAGUCAUUUCGGCAGUUACACCACUUUAUAAAAAUUUGUUCACGUACGUGAGAUCAAGGUUGAUUGAACGAUACGGUGAUCAAAUUAGAAGGGAUGGACCUCUUCCCGCUCAUAUCUUGGGAAAUAUGUGGGCUCAAAAUUGGGAAGGUAUUUUCAACAUUGUGCAGCCAUUCCCAGCAGCAAGGAAACUCGAUGUAACUUUGGACAUGAUGAUUCAAGGUUAUACCCCUCUAAGAAUGUUUCAAAUCGCGGAAGAAUUUUUUACAUCACUAGGAAUGAAACCAAUGCCUCCAGAAUUUUGGAAAUCAUCCAUGUUUUUUAAGCCCCUCGAGACUGAAGCAAAGUGCACACCCAGUGCAUGGGAUUUUUGUAACAAAUUUGAUUAUAGAAUAAAACAAUGUACGAAAGUAACAAUGGAGGACUUACUUUCAACUCAUCAUGAAAUGUCACAUAUACAGUAUUAUUUACAAUACAAAGAACAACCGUUCCUGUUUCGAAAAGAAGCGAUUCCAGGUUUCCAUGAAGCAGUCAGUGAUGCAGUGGGUCUCACAAUUUUCACGCCACAGCAUUUGCAUAAACUUGGACUUUACAAUAAUACUUUAGACGAUUAUGAAAGUAAUAUUAAUUUUUUAAUGCUGAUGGCCCUUCAGAAGGUAGCAUAUUUGCCCUUUGCUUACGUGGUUGACCAGUGGAGAUGGCGAGUAUUCGCUGACGGUGUCGCGGAUAUGACCACACGAUGGUGGGAAUUAAGACUGCAGUAUCAAGGAAUUGCACCCCCAUUGCCAAGAACAGAAAGAGAUUUCGAUCCAGCAUCAAAAUAUCAUGUACCUGCAGAUAUUCCUUAUGCAAAAUACUUUGUCGGGCUUAUUUUAGAAUUUCAAUUAUUCGAAUCCCUAUGUGAUAUCUCAGGGCAUAAAGGAGAUUUGCACAAAUGCGACUUUUACAAAUCUCGAGAAGCUGGGCGCUUGCUUUCGGAAAUAUUAUCAGCUGGUGCUUCAAGAAGCUGGCAAGAUAUCGUACGUCAAAUGACACGAGGCAGGACAAACAGAAUAGACGCUGGUGCCAUAUUGCGAUAUUUUGAGCCACUGAACCAAUGGUUGAAAAGACAAAAUCAAAUGGAACCAGUGAUAGGAUGGGUCACCAGUGAGGAAGAUACGGAUAUUCCUACUUCUGUUUCAGCCCUUUUUGCUCACUGGUAUCUGAGCAGAGCGAACACUAUUUCAUCCUGGAUGAUGAUUACACUGAUUUCUGUGAUCUCAAGUUUCUUUACACUUUGAAGUGAAGUACUAGGAAGUUGAUUUAGACUUAUAAUUUAGAUUUAGUACAAAUCUCACAAAAACUUACAAAUUGUUGUGGCGAGUGAGACAUCGUUACGAAAGGAAUAUCUUAAAUUAAACUAUUUAAAACUGACAACUAAUAUAUGUGUAAAUGGAAAAACUUAUAUAGUUCAUCACACUACAUCUAUUUAUAAUUUGAUGUAAUUUUAAGUAUCGUAGUGAAUUAAGCAUUAACCUUUAAGUUCUAGACCGGGUCCUAAAGAUCAAGAAGUUUUUUUCAGCAGUGUUUUUUUUUUCAAAAAGUUGUCUACAAUUAAAAGAAAAGUAAACGAAGCUAAGUCUAUUUCAACCGGAGAUAUUUAAGUUUGAAAUAUGAUCGGGUCUGCUGAACCCGAUCUAGGUGGAACAAAAAAUAUCCUAGAAAUAUGCACAAAAUUUACUUACGUUAUAAAGAAACUAUUAUUCCAU